AGUCCAGCUCUCAUCAUCAUCGUCAUCAUCAUCAUUUGAGUAUUGGGACAGUCCCUCCUCAGCUCGUGUCUGUGUUGAGUUCUCUCUCUCGCGCUCUCUCAGACUCCACGCUGUCUCUUCUUCUCUCCGUACGUCAAGAUUUGAUGCCAGAUUGUGAAAGAGAUCAGUGACAGAUCAAUCAGACACAAUGACUGCCGUGAACGCUCCGCAAGACAGGUACAAAGCUGUAUGGAUCAUAUUCUUCAUUCUGGGCUUGGGAACUCUCCUGCCAUGGAAUUUCUUCAUGACUGCUACCAUGUAUUUCACCCAACGUCUGAAGGACCCACAAAUCAACGGAGAACACAAUCUAACAGUCAAUGGGACGGAGGGCGACAGUCGUAGCUUCCUGCAGUCAAAGUUCAGCAAUGUGAUGACGCUGUGCGCCAUGGUGCCGCUGCUCAUUUUCACCUGCCUCAACUCCUUCAUCCAUCAGAGGAUUCCUCAGAAGUGGAGGAUCUCAGGCAGUCUGUCUGUCAUUCUCGUGGUGUUUUUCAUCACAGCGGUGCUGGUGAAGGUGGAGAUGGAACCCCUGCCUUUCUUUGCAUUCACUAUGAUCAAAAUCAUCUGCAUCAACUCAUUCGGGGCAAUUCUGCAAGGGAGUUUGUUUGGUUUGGGUGGAAUGCUCCCAGCGUCCUACACCACGCCCAUCAUGAGCGGCCAAGGGCUGGCGGGAGCGUUUGCGGCCUUCUCCAUGAUCUGUGCGCUCGCCUCGGGCUCUGAGUUACAGGACAGCGCUUUCGGCUACUUCAUCAUAGCCUGUGUCGUUAUUCUCCUGGCCAUCGUUUCUUACCUCGCACUGCCCAAAUUGGAGUUUUUCCAGUAUUACUCUGAGAGCAAUGGCUCGCGGUCCAUCGCAGAUGAGGAAAACAAGAUGGAUUUGCUGAAACCAGAAGGUCAAGCAGAGAAGAGGCCGGUCCUCAGUCUGACCGAUGAAGAGGCCAGACCCACUGUGUCAGUGUUCGGCAUCUUUAAACAGAUCUGGGUGAUGGCUCUGUCCGUAUGCUUUGUUUUCGCCGUCACCAUUGGCACCUUCCCAGCCGUCACUGUUGACGUCCAGUCCACUAUUGCUGAGGGCAGUCCAUGGGAAACGUAUUUCAUCCCGGUGUCCUGCUUCCUCCUGUUCAACAUGAUGGACUGGGCCGGGAGGAGCCUGACGGCUGUCUGUAUGUGGCCCGGUAAAGACAGCAUCUUGCUGCCCGUCCUGGUCAUCGCACGCGUGGUCUUCAUUCCUCUCUUCAUCCUCUGCAACGUUCAGCCCAGACACUACCUGCCUGUGCUGUUCUCUCACGACGCCUGGUACAUCAUCUUCAUGAUCCUCUUCUCCUUCAGCAACGGAUACCUGGCCAGUCUCUGCAUGUGCUUCGGACCAAAAAAAGUGUCGCAACACGAAGCGGAAACUGCAGGAGCCAUCAUGGCAUUCUUCCUCUCUCUUGGCUUGGCUUUGGGAGCCGCGUUAUCCUUCGGUUUCCGCGCCAUGAUCUAGAACCGUGGCCUGGUUCUCAGUAUGAUGAAGAGGAACUUUAACCCUGGUUGUACACAGAGCCAGAGAGUGUUUUCACACUGCACAUAUAUUCGUUUUCCCCUCUUGUGCCUCAUGAAGAACUGCAUACGGCAUCUGGAACAGACACACAAGGACUAAAAGAUCAACAUUAUGAAGUCACGAGCCAAAAAAUGAGCCAAAAUCUGUCUGCAAUUUUGUGUACCUGUAUAUUGUGCCAAAUCAGUAUUUAGCAAUAGUGUACGGUUCGGGUUAACCCCUUUCCGUUUGAGUUUUUAAAAAUGUUUUUGUAGGUAUUAACAGUUUUAAAUGUCGAGUUGUUUAGUGAUGGCAGAGACUUAGGCUAUUAGGGCAGUAGUUCACUGCAAAAAAUUAUUUUCUUACUUAGUAUUUUUGCCUUGUUUUGCAUUACAAAUAUCUAAAAAAAUCUUGGAUCAAGAUGAAUUUGAGAAAAAAGCUUCUAAUAAAUUCAUCAAAAUUAAUUUUAUGCUUAAAACACUAAAAAUAUGUCAUUGGGGUCUGAAAAAUAAUCUGGUUUUCACUUUGAAUUAAGUUAAUAUUUCUGAUCCCAUUGGCAGAUAUAUUUUUCUAGUUUUAACCAUGAACUCAAUUAAUUUUGAUAGAUUUUUUUCAGAAAACAAGGUGUUGUUGAAGUCAUUUUGCUUCUCAAGUAAGUUGAUCUUGGUUUAAGAAUUUUUGUACUUGAAAACAAGACAAAAACACUGAAUAAGAUAAUCAGAUUUUGUAGUGUUUCUAGAUAAUCGUACUGUAUCACACCAUUAAAGGGCCCCAGUUUGAGUUUAUAGUGGCAUUUUGAAUGUUACAGUCGUUCAGAUGUCUGCGCUUUAUUGUGUCAGCUGCAUGUAUUUGAAGAGUGAAGGCCUAAAAUUGUUGCUUUUGUCAUUAUUAUUUAUAUCUUUGUUUUUUAACAGCUUUUUUGUAUUAUAUAUUUUUAAAGCAGCCUGUGUAAUGACAUGUUCUAACACAAAAUUCACAACUUGCUUUGGUGCCUUUUUGAAUGAGAUGUUUUCCAAAAAAUGGGCCAAAUGGAAAUGUUUGGGUGGGUGGGACUGUGAGUGGAUGGGUGUAGAAAUAAACACAUUUCUGUUUGUAA